CGGAGGGAGCCCGGGCCUGUGGCCGGCGGGGCUGGCACCGCCUCAGCCGGCAGCUGAGACCGCGGCACCGCGCCCUCAGGCCGCGUCUGGAGUGAGUGUGAGCCUGGCGGCAGCAGCAGCAGCGCGGUUCAGUGCGAGGCUCAUCCCGAGGCCCCUCUCUGUUUGGGGGCAUGAGGAUCAGUGACUGGGCCUGCCUUGAGGGGGAACACUGGGUGUCAGCUGGUUUACCCACAGCACUUGGUUCCACGUCCUGCAGAUACACAGGUUCCAGCUUUCAUUCUUACGGGUCCUGCUUUGUACCAUUUGGCUGCUCCACGUUUACUUGAAGGGCACAGCUGAGCUGUGGAUUUGGCAUCUCAGUGGCUAGAGUUCCACCGCAGCCCUGUCCCACACUGCCUCCUGCACUACCGCCUGGCUUUACUUCUUCACUGAAGGGUCUUUCUGAAGCCCUGACGCAUGUCAUGAAGAUCCUCUUCAUGCUGUGCACAAACUGAGGUGCUCAGAGCUCUGAGAGCCAGCUUGUGGAAGCAGGUGGGGUCCUUGGAGGGAGAAUGUGCUGUGCUCAGUGGCUGUGAAGGCAGUGUGGGAGGAUGAACUGUCAGCGCGGCACAGAAGCGCUCCCUCUGUUGACCUCAAAGUCUGGAGAAGGGAGAUCUCGGAGGUGGUGGAAGGGGAUUGGUGAACAUUGCAGGUGAUGCAAACCUGAGCUCAUUCUGCUAUCUCCCCCUGCCCUCCAGUUCUCUCAGUGUCGUUAGGCCACAGUGUUAUUGGAACCUGCAGGCCAAUGGACGAACAGGACAAUGAUUUUAAAGAGUUGUGGGCGAAUCUUUUGUGUGGAGCGAAGAAAAAAGCUGGGGAUGCUGAGACGGCAAAGAGGGCUCAGAGCAGGUCAAAGAGCACUGCAGCAAGAGGCAGAUCAAGAAGAGGCAAAGCAGCUGCUAAGAGCCAAGUCCGUUAUCCCUUGCCAACAGCGAAGGAAGCAAACUUACCUCAGGGUUUGGGUGCGAAGGAACAACCAUUGGUGCACAGAGAUGGUGAUGCUGUGGCCUGUAGUGGGGAGACUGCAGAAGGGGAUGGAAGGAGAAGCCCUUUCCCUGCCAGCCAGCUGAGCACAGGGGCCAGCGAGUGUAGCCAGAGGACUCUGACAGUAAACACUCAGAGUGGCAGUUCCCAGACUACAUUAUCCUUCCAUCCAACCUGCUCUUCCCCCACCGCAAAGAUGCCACCGCUCGCGGGGCCCAGGACGCGGGUGGCAGAGCUGGUAGUGGAGAGAAUGCAGCAGUUCAAGAGAGUGGCACCUGAGCAGCUGAGGCACAGCACUGAGGAUUUGCCCAAGUCUGUAGGCAGCGGGGAUUUUGCUGAGGAGAGCCAGGAGCAGAACCCACCAGAGCACGAUACCCACCAUCUUCCAUCCCUGGAGCACGAUGGUGCUCUGGCUUUGGCGCUUCAGCAGGAAACCAAAGAGCAGGCCCUGGCAAGCCUGGAGGAUGCAGGCUUGUUUUUCUGUCAGAUCUGCCAGAAGGAUCUCUCAGCCAUGAACACCACACGACGGGAGCAGCAUGUUAACAGGUGUCUGGAUGAGCUGGAGGAAGCACAGAUGUCGUCCUCCAGCAAACCACUGGUCCCUGAAUGUCCCAUCUGUGGGAAGCAGUUCCAAACCCCUCAGAGCCGAGUCAGUCACCUGAAGCGCUGUGCUGUUGAGAUGGAGGUUCCUCCUAAGCUGCUGCUUCAGGCGGUGCAGUUGCAGGUGUCCACGCUUGGAGAUGCCCCUCCUCAGUGUCCCAGCAACCAACCAAACAGGUCAAAGCGAAAAAGUUCCUCCAAAGAGGACUCGAGGAAAAUGCAGAAGAGGGCCAAAAUGGAGAGUAAAGAUGAAGACUUGCUGGUUGCUAUGGCAAUGUCACGCUCUCUGUUGGAGCAAGAAAAGCAGGAACAAGCAAAAUCAGUUACAAAUGUGAAACCAGUGGCUGCUUUUCCAAUCAAAUGGAAGCCAGGGUCAGAGAAGAAACAGCGCAGAAGAGGCCCGAGUGCACCUCCUCCUCUGCUGCUGCAGGACCCUGAGAAGGCCCGCAAGAGGAUCCAAGAGAGAGUAGCUAUGCUGCUUGCAGAAGAGGUGGAAUCCCCUCCCACCCCUCAGCUUCCCACCAGUAGGAUUUUGGAGGAUGAAUCCAGGAAAGCAACCUGGCUCUUGCCAUUGCCCAAACCCAAGGAGUGCUUUUUGUGGCGUAUCAGUGCUCUGACGGGCCCCUGUGACCCUCAAUCGUUCUACACUGCUGCACUCAUCCCUCCAAUUGAACCUUGGAAGCCUUUGCAGAAUCAUAAGCCAGAGACCCUUCUGCCAUCAGUGGGAUCUGGGCAGCCAAAACUGUCCCAGCAAAUGCAGCCUGACCUCAGUUCUCAUGAGCCCACUUGCACAGAAGCAGGAAGCCAAACUUCUGAUGACUCCAAGUCAGGCCCUGAAGGAGAUGGGGAGCUUUUAUCUCACAGCCAGAAGGAUGUUCAGACCCUGCAGGACCUGGUUGAGUUGGCCAGGGAAGGACUUACCCUCACUCAGUGGAACCUUGAUGUGGCCCAUGUUCAGGCAGCAGAGCAGCCCGGCAAAGAGGUGACACCCAGUGACAUUCCCCACAGUGGCUUUGUGCUGCCAUCCAAAGAGAAGAGCCUCCUGACCAGCAGCUCUGAAAGAUCGUCUCUCAAGUUACUGGCUGAAGAUUUCAGUGCCAUGGUUAACAAUCCCCACUUAAGUGACAUCCAGUUCCAGGUGGACUGUGGGGAAGUGCUUUAUGCCCACAUGUUUGUGCUGUAUGCACGGUGUCCCCAGGCUGUUCAGAUGGUUGCCAGCGAGGGCUUGGUGGUGGCGGAGGCCGGGGAGGCGCCGACGCGCCGCGUGCUGCUGGGGGACGUGUCGGCCGAGGCCGCCCGCGCCUUCCUGCGCUUCCUCUACGCGGCAGACGCUGCCGUCCCCGCGGGGCUGCUCGCUCAGGUCCGGGCCCUGGCUCACAGAUUCGGUGUGAGGGAACUGAUGACAAAGUGUGAAAACACUGGAGAGAGUCAAAUGUCCUCUGGAGUGGAUUCAGAAGAUGAUCUGCUCUCUGUGAGGGAUGACAACGACUGCGAGGACAGAGCUGAGAACUUCCAAGACGUCUUGAAUUCGGUGUGGAUGGGUGAAGAGGAGGAGGAGGAAGCAGCAGCGCUGAGCCCUGAGUGCCAGAAGGAAGACGACAACGGGGUGGGUGAACAGGAGCUGGAGGAAAUCUAUGAGUUUGCUGCAACGCAGAGAAAGAUGGUUCAAGGUGAAAGAGAGGAGAGCGAGGGAACAGACUGCAGCAUCUGCAGUGACACUGAGGCAUCCCAAGGUACCGAUCAGCAGACGCAGGAGGAAGAGGUGAAGAGAUCUGAAUCUGCUUCAGUAAGCAGCAGCUCCAGAGAUCUGAGGGAUGACAAUGAUGUGGAAAGAUCUAAAUGUGACCUGUCUGCACAAGAAGGGAAAAUGCAGAGUAUAAAUAGGUGCAGGAGCGUGAGUGUUCCCCAGACCACGUUUGUGCCUCACCACAAUGAACCUCAAAAAUGGGCUGUAGCAUCCCAUGGUGCUGCUGCUAAUGAAGGAGAGACUGUGAGGAGAUGGGAGGGUGUGAAGGAUUCCAAGUCAUCCCAGGUCUCACGUGGUGAGGCAGAUGACUGUGAAAAACAGGUUCCUGGUGUGCAUGGUGAUGCCAGUAUCAAGGAAAGCUGUGAACACUUGUUUUCUGUAACUCAGGUAGAUUACUGUGAGCCUUCCCCAACAAAAGAAGUUGCCAAACAAUCAGGAAAGGCUCUUAGUGAAGAACACGUUGAUGUUAAUGAUUCAGUUCUGCACAGCAAGUCCCCAAAAGGCCUCUCUCCACGUAGGAGCAGCUUUUGUGGGAGUCCUUCUCCCAGACCUGACGCGCCCCUUUUUCCUGCUGUUGGCUCUUCACCAGCAUCCCCAAACUCAGAGGGAAGGUUUGCCAGAGGACACGUGUCAACACCAAAGCGAAGCAAAACGCAAAAAUCAUUCCUGUCUGAUGAACCAGACUGUCAGAAAGCCAAGGAGCUGGAUCCUGCCUCCAGAAACAAGAACCUGGUUUCUCCAUCAGAGCUUCCCCACGUUAGUUUAAACAACCAUCCAUAUGUCCCAGCGUUGCCAUCACUGGUCAUCAGAGCUCAGGAUGCUGCAGCUCAGGGGAGGGACGAGGCUGAUGUUAUAGUUUUAUCUUCUGAUGAUGAAGUGGAGUUAGAGCAAGAAAGGAAGUCACCAGAAACAGGCUCUGCUCUAAAGAAAAUGGAAAUCCCUGAGCAGCAAAGAUCUACAAACAUAGAACAAGGUCCUGAGAUACCUAAACCUGAACAUAACUCGUCAGUGGCUGAAACAGAGCAGAGAUCAGCCCAGGUCUCAUGUGGCAUUGCAGAUACAGUGCAUAUAAACGACAGUGCAAAGGUGUCCACCAAAUUGCCUCUCAGCAGACAAGUUGCUGGUUCUUCAGAGAGCAAACGGAGUCCAAAGCUGAGCCCUGAGAAAAUGCUGAGUCAUGAGACAUCUGCAGGUACAGACAGCUCCUGGCUAGUGCCAGACACACCACUCCUGGGCAGAAACAGGAGUUUCUCAACACAGACUCAGGUCACAAGUAUAAGUUCUUUAAAGGGUCUGGAAUCUAAACUCAGCAUAAAGGAUGAAGCAGCAGGUAACAGUAACCAUGAAAUGACUGACAAAUCACUGGAAGUUGGUGAAGCAACGCUGUCAGCCACAGGUUUGCCUGUAAAGAACUCAGUGAGUGGAAGGAGCCCUUCCAGCAGCCCAGCAGCAGCAUCUUCCAGGAACUCCCCGUCGGUUUCUCCAGUGGAUCCAGUUCUCUCCCCUGGCCACACCAACACAAAAAGCAAAUGUGCCAAGGCCUCGUUUCUGUCCCAGCCUGUGCCUCGGAGCCAUGAGCAGCUGUUGGAAGAUAAGCCCAACACCAGUGUGGUUGAGGUGGAGGACAGUGAGCAGGAGGUCAGUCUGCCGUCCCUGGGGAGCAGCGUCCUGCUCUGUGAGGAGCCCCCGCUGCCCCUUGACAACUGUUGGCACGUUGAGUAUCAGUCACCAGCACAAGGACAGAGCCAGGACUCCAGCCAGGUCAGCUGUGCCAAGACCAGCAGUGGCAGCAGCCCCAGAGCUGGCUGCUGGCGUGGCCAGCAGGAGAGCCCAGCCUGCGUGCAGGGGAUCCUGGGCAGUACCCCUCUCCGGGGAAGCCCUGUUGGCAGAACAACAACCUUGCUCUGUCCUGAAAACAGCCCUAUUGAGGCAUGUUCAUCAGUGGGCAGCAGACCCAGUUACCUCAACUCCAAAAUCUGGGAUGACUGGAAUGGAGAAGAUGAAGAAUUUCCAGAGAUGCUUCCUCUGACUCAGAGGUUGUCAGCUGCAGGAGGUGCCUGUCAGGAAGAUCCUGUAAAGACUCCUGAACCUUCCUGUCAGGAGAACAAUGAGCCUCUCAGCAGCCCAGUGACACCGAUGCCAGCUUACUCCAUGAUGGAGACCCCCCAGCUCAAGAAGGAGCUGAGAAGGUUUGGGGUUCGUGCUCUCCCCAGACGCCAGAUGGUGCUGAAGCUGAAGGAGAUCUUUCAGUAUACUCACCGGGACACAGACUCUGAGGAGGAGCUGCCCUGUUCCCAGCCCCCCCUGCAGAAGCCCCCGCGCCAGCGCCGCAGGCAGCCCAGGGCAGAGGGGGCUGCAGGCACGGGGCAGCAGCAGCGAGCUGGGGGCACUCCUGCACUGCUCCCUGCAGGCAGUGCUGACUCUGACCUUGUUGGAUCCCGUGAGACAGGCUGUGCAGCACCCAAGCAGGGAACCAAAAGGAGACAUCACUCAGAAGGAGCCAAAGAGCGGAAAAAGUCGUCUGACUCUCCAGAGAGAGGGUGUCUGGCAGCUGAUGGCGAGGAACCGAUGCUCACAACAUCUCAGGAGUCUGCAGGCUCUUCCCUGGAUGGCAGUGACAUCUCUUUUGGCUCACAGAGUUCUUUCAUGAAUGGAUUUGAAGCCUGUGCUUUUGCCUCUGAGGAGGAAGAAGAGGAGUUUCCAGCGUCUCAGGCAGCAGCUCGGGAGGAAGCCAAGCUGGAGGCAGUGAGGUGCUACAUCCGUUCCAACACAGCCCUGUACAACAGGAUCCUGUUCUACGAGCCCAUCGAGCUGGCUGACCUGCACGCAGAGCUCAAGCUCAACGGCAUCCGCAUUUCCCAGGCCAAGCUGCUGGACUUCUUAGAUGCUCAGUGUAUCACAUUUACCACAGCCAGAGCCCGCAAGGAGAAGGAGCAGAAAAGAAAAGGGAAUAAAAAACAGAGGAGACGAUACUGAAUGGAGCCCUGUCCUCCAUGGUGAGCAUUCUGUGCACAGAGGCCUCCCUGGGGAGCUGGACUCUGCAUUGCAGGCCCAUGCUGGGAUCCGUGCCGGGAUCCGUGCUGGGAUCUGUUCUGGGACCCAUGCUGGGAUCCGUGCUGGGAUCCAUGCUGGGAUCUGUGGGAGCACUGCUCCUCCUUGUGGCCUGUGGGAUGGGCCAGGACUGAGCUGCUGUUCCCAGCCCUCUGCUCUGACUUGCACAGCCUGCUCCACUUGCUGUUCUGCCUCCAGCACGUGGCUUCUCUGGAGCUUCUGCCCCUGAUUCAGUUUGCAGUCUGUGGUGCAAUUCCUUAACCUGUGUUUCUUAAACCCCUGCAGCAGAGUGGAGCUGUUCUGGGACCUGUUUGUGGUAGCUCCCACAAGUGCCUCUGACACCAUGUGUCAUGUGGUUUGGGGUUUGGGCACUGGGUGCUGUGUGUCCUUGGUGUUCUGGAGCCAUCUGCUCCCCUUUCUCAGCCCCCUUUUGCCCUGUCAGCAUAGCUGGAGGACAUCCUCCAUGGAGAUGGCUUUGAGAUGACAGUAUUACAGGGACCACUGCCUCUCUUCAGCACCUGCUAGAACCCGAUCUAAAUGUGCUUCUGGGAUCAGUUUCGUUCUCAAACUGGACUGAUCAUGGGCUACAAACUGUCUGGGGCUCCUGGGCAAGUCCUGGACCCUAAACUGUCAUGGUUUACAUGUUUACUUUCACCAGACAGACUUUUGACUGUCUGGCAGCUCAGAGUCUGAAUGGACACACCUCCUCAGAAAAAGGAGCGUUUAUAGCCUUGGCACAUGUUAAACAUUGCCCUGGUUUUGGUACAGCACAUCCCCAGUUUUAUUUGAUGUGUAUGAUAAACAAUAAACAGUUU